AAAAGGUCAGCGUUCUGCUCGCGGACUGGGAUGCUGUGUGGGGUUUUCGUCGUCAGCAAACCUCCUAGAAUCGUGUCUCUGUGGAAGCUAGUGACUCCAAAAACGCCGUUGCUAUAUGUCUAAAGCUGCAAGAAAACAUUAAUAAUAUCAGCAACAUUAUAUCAUCGUUGUGAUUUCAGAAAACGACUCGGUUUAUGUAGUUAUAGUUCCUCACGUUACCCCUUCGUGACGCAACGACAACACUUGGAGUUGUUACACCCCAUUGUGCAAUAUCUCGAACGGUAUUUAAAUCCUUGUGCCUGAUUCCAAAAUCGUGCAACUUUGGCCAGGCGCCCAACUGCGUCACGCCCACCGACCUGCCUCCAGCGGGAAACCCAACUGGUCUUCUCUUCUACCCGUCCGUCCGUCUUCAAAAUCUCAGUCUACACGUACGGGUCACUUCAAACUCAGUGCAGGAGUACCAUGUUGGAGACCUCUGAGAGCCAAGAGCAAAAGGUUGCUGUGGAUGAACAGAAGCCUCAAGAAGAGCCUCAAGCAUCUGUCUGCAAGUUCUUCAACUCAAAGAGGGGGUGUCGUCAUGGAACACAGUGUCGAUUCCAGCAUGUUAGAAAAGAGGCGUCUGCCCAGAGGGAAGAAAGUUCAACAGCAGAGGGAGUUGAUGGUGAAUCUAAUCACAUGGGAAAGUCUGGAGUUCAGAAACCUGUUCCCAAAGAUGUAAUGUCAAAGCCUGCAUCUAACAAGGGGAAACUGUGCUGGGUCUAUAGUCGUGGUCAGAGAUGCAGGUUUGGUAGUGAAUGUAGAUUCUUGCACGAGAGGCACACAGGUAGUGCAGGUACGGACGAAGACCCUAGUAAGAAGACUGAAGGUGUCGGAGAAAGACCUGCUCAGUCUGCAAGAAGGUCAGGGCAGAAUAGAUCCAAGAAGCUAUGCAGAUACUUCAAGAAUGGCAAGUGUACCAUGGAGGAUAGAUGCAAAUUCUUUCAUCCAAAUUCGUUGGACAAUAUAGAAGUCAUCAAUGAUGUGAAUGAUACCUCCAAGGGAGAGCAACAGGAGGAAGGUGCGCAGCAACCGUUGGUGCCACAAAAUGCUGAGCGUCCAAACCGUGUGAUCCAUGCUGCCCACAAGCCUGUCCCAAGACCAGGAAGGCCUUCUGUGAGGUUGGAGGGAGCGACUGAUGAGGAGCUCAGCAAGCUUCAAGAAACAGAGAUCUCCCUGCUUAAGAAAAGAUUCAGCAAUGAGGAUAUAGAAGAGAUCCCGGGAGAAGGCAGGACCUGCAAUGUCUACAGAAUACAGGUGUCUCCUAGCGACCCUGACUGGCCCUUCGAUGUACAAGUCUUUGAACUUGAUGUUAACUUUCCAGAAAAGUAUCCUGUGCAGGUUGCUGACAUCAGUUUGACAAUAGACCAAGCUCUUCCAGAGACAGUUAUCAGGCACUUGAACCAGGAAAUUAAAGACUGGCUGCAGGAGAAGCAGACUUCCAAUGAAACUACAGGACGAGCUGAGCUGAUGUUCCGCCCAUUUCUGCACUGGUUUGACCGUAACUUGGAGGACAUGUUCACAGAAGCAGCCAAGUUGUUUAAAAAGGAAGUUGUUGCCAAUGCUGCAGGGCUUGAGUUUGUGUCCUUUCAAAGUCUUCCCUCGCCACAUGCCAAAGACAAACAUGCUGCAGCUACAGUUCAGGAGUCUCAGGUAGACAUAAGGUCACAAGAAAAAGGACCUACCAGUAGUCCACAAAUAGGGAAAGUUAUUCGUCCAAAGUCUAAGAAAGAUGAACCUCAGAAGUACCAGGCACCCAAGGAAAGAGGAGAAAUUUCCCAGGGUCAGAAACAAGAAAGUGUCAGGGCAGCUCAAGAUGCACCAGAUGUUCGUGCUGCUCCAGUGAAAAAGGGAACCGAGGCAAAGUUCUCCAACCUAGAGAUGGGUGAAGAUGUUGCCACGAUGUACGCACAACAGAUUGUUGUUACAGUCCAGUGUAUAAGGUGCAAAAGUCGUCAUGAUGUGAAGACCCGUCCCCGUCAGCUGCACGUGAUCAGCUGUCAGAAGUGCCAGCACCAGUACAAGGCAGCCUUCCGCCCUGCUGUCAUGCAUCAGUACUCUCCUGUCAUUGGCUACUUCGACCUAGAUGGAUGUGUGCCCUUUGACCUGAUUGUGGUGGAAUGUGAUUUUCUGAUUGGCUGUCUGCAAUGUGACAAGGAGACAAAUUUCAAAGGUGUCCAGCCUGGUCAGCACAGGGACCUGCGCUGCUCCCACUGCCACCAGAGGCUCAGACUGAAGGGCAGCUCGGUCAAGUUCACACAGCUGCAGCCUUCUCAACCCUCAGGAAACGGUCAGGUCAUUCGUACCCAGACUAAGAGUAAGAGAGUUCCCAAAGACCCAGCUAUCCAGGAGGGCCUCCCCCUGCCCAGCAAUGGUAUCUGCAAACACUACAAGAAGAGCUUCAGAUGGCUCAGGUUCCCGUGCUGUGGGAGGACGUACCCCUGUGAUGUGUGUCAUGAUGACGAUCAGAAGGGAGACCAUGAGAUGAAACUGGCCAACAGAAUGAUCUGUGGCUUCUGUGCGAAGGAACAGCCAUUUUCAGCAGACAAGCCGUGUGUUCUGUGUGGAUCCAACAUGAAAAAAGGAGGCGGCAGUCACUGGGAGGGGGGCAAGGGCUGCCGGGACCAGAUCAAGAUGAGCAGAAAUGAUGCCCAGAAGUAUCAAGGGAUAAACAAGACCGUCUCCCGAAAGGAGCAGGAAAAGAGGGAACCAAAGAAGAAAGCAAAGAAAUAGGGCAGUGUUCUGCGCAGGCUGCCAUGUGCCUCAAUUCUUUAGAGGAGGGUUUUUUAGGUAGGGCUCGAAGUCCCUUUGUGGGAAUAGAUCCUCAGAAUUUGCGUGCACAGAAAAAAAUGGGCACACAA